UUGGGAUGAAACUCAUUUUGGAAAGAUGGGAAGUUACUACAUUAAUCGGACCUUCUUCUUUGAUGUCCAUCCCCCUUUGGGGAAGAUGCUGAUUGGACUUGCUGGCUACCUUAGUGGAUAUGAUGGUACAUUUCCUUUCCAAAAGCCAGGGGAUCGAUAUGAGCAGCACAACUACGUAGGGAUGAGAGGGUUUUGUGCAUUUCUUGGCUCCUGCCUGGUUCCUUUUGCCUACCUCACGGUGUUGGAACUGUCAAAGUCACUGCCAGCAGCCUUACUCACGGCUUUCAUCCUUAUUUUUGAUACAGGCUGUAUUACAUUGUCCCAAUAUAUUUUGCUGGAUCCCAUUCUAAUGUUCUUUCUCAUGGGAGCUGUUCUGAGUAUGGUGAAAUGUAACAGCUGUGCAGACAGGCCAUUUUCUGCCUCCUGGUGGUUCUGGCUGAGUCUGACUGGUGUGAGCCUUGCUGGAGCAAUGGGGGUAAAAUUUGUUGGCCUUUUUGUUGUCCUCUUGGUUGGCUUGAACACAAUCUAUGACCUAUGGGACUUGCUGGGGAAUCUCAGCCUGUCACUGGUGAUGUUUGGGAAGCAUUUACUGGCUCGUGUACUCUGCCUCAUCAUCCUCCCACUUGCCCUCUACACGGCUAUGUUUGCUGUUCAUUUUGCAGUGUUAAAUAGAAGUGGUCCUGGGGAUGGUUUCUUCAGUUCAGCAUUUCAAUCCCAGCUGAUUGGGAACAAUCUUCAUAAUGUCUCCAUUCCAGAGCAUUUGGCAUAUGGGUCAGUGGUGACAAUGAAGAACCUUCGGAUGGCAGGGGGAUACCUGCACUCCCACUGGCACCUCUAUCCCGAGGGCGUGGGGGCUCGCCAGCAGCAGGUCACUGCUUACUUACAUAAAGAUUUGAAUAACCUGUGGAUCAUAAAGAAACAUGACUCAGAUACAGAUCUGUCUGACCCCUCAAGCCCUGUGGAGUUUGUGAGGCAUGGAGAUAUUAUUCGUCUGGAACAUAAAGAAACUUCUAGAAAUCUGCACAGUCACCAGCAUGAGGCUCCCCUGACAAGGAAGCAUUUUCAGGUCACUGGCUAUGGAAUAAAUGGAACAGGAGACUCCAAUGACUUCUGGAGGAUUGAGGUGGUGGGCAGAAGGACUGGGCAGCUCAUCAAAGUCCUACGCAGUCAGGUCCGGCUAACCCACGUGGCCACAGGCUGUAUAUUGGGAUCUUCUGGAAAGACUCUGCCAAAAUGGGGCUGGGAACAAGUAGAAGUGACCUGCACACCAUACCUGAAGGAGACACCCAAUUCCCUCUGGAACUUUGAAGAUCAUAUUAACCCUAAAUUGCCCAAUAUCAGCCUGGAUGUUUUGAAGCCUUCUUUUGCAGAAAUUCUGCUAGAAUCCCACAUGGUUAUGAUCCGGGGAAACAGUGGCCUCAAACCAAAGGACAAUGAAGUCACAUCCAAACCUUGGCACUGGCCCAUCAAUUACCAGGGACUGCGUUUUUCUGGCGUCAAUGAGACGGAUUAUCGGGUUUAUUUGCUUGGAAACCCGGUGAUUUGGUGGCUAAAUCUGGUCACUAUUGGGUUAUAUCUUCUGAUAACAGUUGCCACUGCAGUGGCACUGAAGAGAGGUGUCCAACUGACAUCUGAACUCAAAGAACUGUCCAGAGUGGUGCUACAUGCUGGAGGGCAGAUCACACUGGGCUGGCUCCUUCAUUACCUCCCUUUUUUUAUGAUGGGACGAGUUCUCUACUUCCACCACUACUUUCCUGCCAUGCUUUUUUCCAGCAUGUUGACAGGAAUCACCUGGGAUGCGCUACUGAAGUUCUGUGCUGGGUUCUUGUCACCCAGCACUACAGCAAGAAAGGUAUAUGGAGGUGGAUUCCUGGCACUGGUUCUGCUCAUCCUGUACAGCUUCUACCUCUUCCAUCCCCUGUCCUAUGGGAUGAUAGGACCCAUGGCCUCCCACCCGAGCAGCCCCAUGGCAGGGCUCCGGUGGAUGGACUCCUGGGAAUUCUAG